AUGUCGUUAAGUGAUUAUGCUGUUAAAAUUCGUACAAAGAAUGCCGAUUUAAAAAAAAAGAUUUUGUUAUACAAACAUGAAAUCCCAUUGAUUGAAAAUGAAAUUUUAAUGUUAAAGAUAACUUAUGAUGAACUAAAUGGGGCAUGUAAACGUUUAGAUAGACUUGUUAAUGAGAACGAAACGAAUAAUACAAGUUUACUAUUAGAGAAUCAACAUCUGUUCAAAGAUUAUAUUAAAGAUAUUCAAACUGAUAUUGAAAUACAACAUCAUAAAUAUAAUUCAAAUCCCAAAUGGAAAUCAGUUUCUCAGCAAUCGAAUUCUCUCGUGACAAAUACGAUAGAAAUAUCUUCAGAUAUUCAACAACAACCAGCAAUACUCAUCUCACCAAUGAUUAGUCAGUUAAUAUCAGUCGAAAACUGGUUUGCUGAUUCGUCCAAAUCACAUUCAUCCGUUCACGAUGAUCAAAAACUUGACACUUUAUCGAUUAAGAGGCAACAGGAUGAACAAGAACUACUUAAGAAUAAAGAUGAUGAGGAUGAUUUAUACAAAGGUUUAAUUUCUGGCGCAUGUGAAGAAGGAGAAUUAGACAAUAAUAUUAAUGAAAAUGAAGAACAUGCUAUUGAAGAAAUCCCAUGUCCCAUAAUACCAACAACAACAAAGACACCUCAAUCAUCUGCUACAAAGUCACUUCGACAUUACACAUUAAUGCGUCAUUUAGCUGAAAAAAAAUCUAUAAAAAAGAGUUAA